GCCAUCUGGGACAAACUUGAGUUUACUCACAAAAAGCUCAGAAGACAAGCGCUCUCUAUAAUUCUAAUCCUAGCAUAGUUUAUAUAUCAAUAAACAAGGAUAACCUCGCCAGUUGCAGUGCUCUGCUCUUUUUAAAGCACUGUUGGAUGACUGAAGACUUAAGACCUACAUUGUUCUCUUAUCCUUGACUGUUUAAGUCUGAGAAUCCCUUUCAGCAUUCCUGAUGGAGAGGUUCAAGUCUAACGGAGGGGAGCAUGUUAACUCCGCUUAUGAUUCCACCCUGGAUGAACCUCCCAUCUAUGAGACCACCUUCUCCAACGGGGAGCACCGGACGGUCCGGCCUUCGGUGGUCAGUGCCUUUGGUCACGACACUUUGGACCGAGUGCCCAACAUCGACUUCUAUCGCAAUGCGGGCAGUGUGAGUGGUCACCGGGCUGUGCGACCAUCCCUGCAGGAGCUCCAUGAUGUGUUUCAGAAGAAUGGAGCAAUCUCUGUGCCAGAUACAGUGGAGGACGACGUUGAGGGGAGUGACGGGACCCCCUCUGAUGAUCUGGAGUCUGCUGUUCCUAUUGACAGCAAAAAAGGAGCAGUAAAGUUUGGCUGGAUAAGGGGUGUCCUGGUGAGAUGCAUGCUGAACAUCUGGGGUGUCAUGUUGUUCAUCCGUCUGUCCUGGGUUUUUGGUCAGGCAGGCUGGGGUCUGGGAAUUGUGGUCAUCGCUCUCAGUUGUGUGGUCACCACCAUCACUGGCCUUUCUAUGUCUGCCAUUUGUACUAAUGGUGUAGUCAGAGGAGGAGGAGCCUACUACUUGAUAUCUCGAAGUUUGGGACCAGAGUUUGGCGGGUCGAUCGGCCUCAUUUUUGCCUUCGCCAAUGCAGUGGCUGUAGCUAUGUAUGUGGUGGGAUUUGCUGAGACUGUGGUCGAAUUGCUCAAGGACCACUCUGCCCUCAUGGUAGAUGAAAUUAAUGACAUCAGAAUCAUUGGAUGUAUCACAGUGGUGUUGCUCUUGGGGAUAUCAGUUGCAGGAAUGGAAUGGGAGGCCAAGGCACAGAUUGUUCUACUCAUUAUCUUACUGGUGGCCAUAGUGAACGUAUUUGUAGGAACCUUCAUCCCUGCAACCGAGGAUAAGAAAUCCAAAGGCUUCUUCAAUUAUAACUCAAAAAUCUUUUUAGAGAAUUUCAUGCCGGACUUUAGAGAGAAAGAGACAUUUUUCUCAGUGUUUGCCAUCUUUUUCCCUGCUGCAACGGGGAUCCUGGCUGGAGCCAACAUCUCUGGCGACUUGCGGGAUCCCCAAGCAGCCAUACCUAAAGGUACCUUGCUGGCCAUUGUGAUCACUGGUAUCACCUACCUAGCCGUGGCCCUUUGUGUCUCUGCCACUGUUGUCCGCGAUGCAACAGGAAACAUAACGAACGCCAUUGUUCCUGGUGGAUUUUGUAAUGGUUCGACGGCAGUUGCUUGUGAGCUCGGCUAUGAUUUCUCCUCCUGCGAAGUGGAAAAAUGCAAAUUUGGCUUGAUGAACAAUUUCCAGGUGAUGACCAUGGUGUCUGGGUUUGGUCCCCUCAUCAUUGCCGGAACAUUCUCCGCUACUCUCUCCUCAGCCCUGGCUUCCCUUGUCAGUGCUCCCAAGGUCUUCCAGGCUCUGUGUAAAGACAACAUCUACAAGGCCCUGUACUUCUUUGCCAAGGGACAUGGCAAGAACAACGAGCCAAUCCGCGGCUAUAUCCUCACAUUCAUUAUCUCUGUAGCCUUUAUUCUCAUUGGUAACCUCAACACCAUUGCUCCUAUCAUUUCAAACUUCUUUCUGGCAUCUUAUGCUCUCAUCAAUUUCUCCUGCUUCCAUGCAUCAUAUGCCAAGUCUCCAGGUUGGAGGCCAGCAUAUAAAUACUACAACAUGUGGCUAUCCCUGGUGGGCGCAGUACUCUGCUGUGCUGUCAUGUUUGUCAUCAACUGGUGGGCAGCUCUCCUCACAUACGGCAUUGAAAUCCUCCUCUACAUUUACGUCACAGUCAAGAAGCCAGAUGUGAACUGGGGUUCGUCCACGCAGGCAGUGACAUUUGUGAGCGCAGUCAGCAACGCUCUUUCUCUGUCUGGUGUGGACGAUCACGUCAAGAACUUCAGGCCUCAGAUCUUAGCAUUGACAGGUUCAGCACGGACCAGACCAGCUCUCCUAGAUCUGGCUCACUCCUUCUCUAAGAACUAUGGCCUCUGUCUCACCUGUGAAGUGUUUGUGGGCCCGAGAUCUGAGGCUCUCCAAGAGAUGAAUGCCGGCAUGGAGAAGAACCAGCAGUGGCUGAGGAAGACCAAACGCAAGGCAUUUUACGCAGCUGUGGCCUGUGACAGUUUCAGGGAAGGGACUGAGAGCCUGCUGCAGGCUUCUGGUCUUGGCCGUAUGAGACCCAACACAUUAAUGAUGGGCUUCAAGAGAAACUGGAGGACUGCAGGCACAGAGUCGGUGCAGAAUUAUGUGGGGAUACUGCAUGAUGCAUUUGACUUUGAGUACGGGACAGUGAUACUGAGGAUGAACCAGGGACUUGAUGUGUCACAUAUUGUUGAAGCAGAAGAGGAGAUGCUAAAGGCAGCGAAGGAGCAACAGGCACUGGAGAAGGAAAUGAUGCCAAAUGGAGGGAAAUCAAGAGGACUGUUUAGGAAGUCCCGGAAAUCUUCUCAGCAAGUGCUCACGACCAGAGUGUCAGUGUGCGGCCCUCCGCCCCCGCAGGUUGCCAAGAUGAAUGAGAGGCUGUUGGAGGCCAGUUCUCAGUUCAAGAAGAAACAGCCUAAAGGCACCAUUGAUGUGUGGUGGCUGUUUGACGAUGGAGGUCUUACCCUGCUGCUCCCCUACAUCCUCACCACCAGGAAGAAGUGGAAAGACUCUAACUUAAGGAUCUUCAUCGCAGGGCAGCCUGAACGCAGUGAGCUGGAUAAACAGGAGAUGAAGUCUCUAUUGCAGAAAUUCAGAAUUAACUGCACUGACAUCACUGUCAUUGAUGACAUCCACCUCAGACCAAGCUCUGACAGCUUGAGGAACUUAGAGGAUAUGAUUGAGCCUUUCCGUCUGCACGAGGGGUCUAAAGACACCGCUCAGGCUGAAGCCAUGCAGAAAGAGCAGCCCUGGAAAAUCACUGACAAAGAGCUGAGCGAGUUCGAGGAAAAGACCAACCUCCAACUACGAUUGAAUGAGGUGCUUCAGCAAAACUCCAAAUCAGCCAAUCUGAUCAUUGUGAGCAUGCCCAUUGCUCGUAAGGAAUCCAUCUCUGAUUUCCUCUACAUGGCCUGGCUGGAUGUUCUGACCAAGGACCUUCCACCAACACUGCUCAUUAGAGGCAACCACAAGAGUGUGCUUACUUUCUACUCCUGAGCACCUUGCAGGCUAAACAUCAGAAGACAAGGUAGCUGGAAAGGGAAAAAAUGGUAGUAUCAUAUUGAUGGACUAUGGUCAUAAAGUGCACAAGAAUCUGGAUAUUAUUCAGACUUCCAGAGCGACAGGGAUGAUUAACACAACCCAGCCUGUUUAGAUAAAUCCUGACAAGGACAUUCAUGCUCUAAUUCUUAUUUGGACAUAAGAGUAGUGGAACAAUUAACUGUUUGACUUGCAAAAAAAAAAUAGUAAUAAACAGAAUUUUUCAAAAAGUGUUCAGCUGGUGACAAUGAUAAAUUAAAAGCUCAUUUUCAGCCACAGCUCAAACCUUGUUAAUAUUUUACCAUUAACCUGCUUUUAUUGCUCAGAGCUGUUUCAUGAAGGUUUGUGGCAAGCUGUGCGGGCUGCGGUGAGCUUGCCAACCAGCAAACAUUUUUAGUGUGAUACUACACUGUGCAGCUACCAAAGAACACGUUUAACUGAGGGGACCAGACUAGUUUCAAUAAAGAAAAAAGCAUCUCUGACACUAAGUUCAUAAGUGUCAGAGUUUAAAUGUGAAUUUAGGAUCACAGACAAAGGUUGAGCUCUUCCUAACAUGGUCAGAUCAGUCCAAUGAACAAAGGCAGAGACACAGACAAACAGACAAGGCUGCUCCCGGUGGUUACACUGAGUGAAUGUGUUGCCUGCUGCCAUGUGAUUGUAAAAUAAAUGUAUAUAGUAGAUGUCUGAAUUUGGUAGUGGAUAUUUUUUGAGCAUUAAAAAAACGUUUCCUACGUGAUUAAUAGCAUUAUAUUUGCUAAAGGUUUGAUUUUGAUUUGAUCUUUUAUAAACAUUCUUGAUAUUCAGUGAGUGUAUAAUAUAUAUAAUAUACUGGUAUUAUAAAGCUGUUUACCUGUUCCACAUCAUACUGUUUAAAUAUUUUAGUGGACAAUUUAGUGAAACACAAGAUUGUAAACAAUUCUGUAUAUUAUAGCUUAUUGUCUAUCUUCCUAUUUAAAUAUAUAACUGUGAUUAUCUGAAAUGAAAAAUAAAAAUUUUGAACUGAAA